GGGCGGAUGAUGCAGCGGAGUUGAAUAUGCAGCUGUGUGUGCGUGUGUGUGUGUGUGUGUGCGUGUGUGCGCGUGUGUGGCCUGUCAUCCAGACGCAGCCUCGUGCAGCGAUGAGCGCAGAAUAACGAGAUGUUUCCUGCUUUGACAUCAUCACUCUGAGAUAAUCGUGAAAAUGGAGGGAGGAAAUUUUGGCUACUCCCGCGACUAUCUCGACCGCUUCAUCCAAAGCCAGGACUCGUCCGUGGUGAACAAGUUCCAGCAGAAGUACUGGAAAACCAAGCAGACGCUCAUCAAGGUCACCGGGAAGAAAGAGGACGAGCAUGUGGUGGCAUCGGACGCCGAUCUGGACGGCAAGCUGGAGGUCUUUCACUCCAUCCAGAGAACGUGCAUGGAGCUGCUGAAGGUCAUAGAGCAGUACCAGAGGAGGAUCUGUUUUCUUUCCCAGGAAGAGAAUGAACUGGGUCGCUUCCUGCGCUCCCAGGGCUCGCAGGAUAAAACCAGGGCUGGAAAGAUCAUGCAGGCCACAGGGAAAGCGCUCUGCUUCUCCUCCCAGCAGAGAGUGGCUCUGAGGAACCCUCUGUGCCGGUUGUACCAGGAGGUGGAGACUUUCCGCUAUCGAGCCAUCUCAGACACGUGGCUGACGGUGAAUCGCAUGGAGCAGUCGAGGACCGAGUACCGCGGGGCGCUGCUGUGGAUGAAGGACGUGUCUCAGGAGCUGGAUCCAGACACGCACAAGCAGAUGGAGAAAUUCCGCAAGGUUCAGGCUCAGGUGCGCUCAACCAAAACCAGCUUUGACAAACUGAAGAACGACGUCUGUCAGAAGGUGGACCUGCUGGGAGCCAGUCGCUGCAACCUCCUCUCUCACGUUCUAACCACGUACCAGACGACACUCUUGCACUUCUGGGAGAAGACAUCCCACACGAUGGCAGCCAUUCACGAGAGCUUCAAGGGCAGUCAGCAUUAUGAGUUCUCCACACUGAAGACUUUAAAAGACCCUGUGGACAAGCUGGUGAGAAAGAAAGGGAAGAAGAAAAGUAGAGUAGAGACUGAGGACGGAAAGAAAAGUGAGACCACAGACAACCAACUCAUCUCACUAGAGAGUGAAACCACCAGCGACAGGAUGGACGAAGAGCCGGAGAGCUCCUGUCCCCGCCCCCCACCUCUCUCAUCCUGUCCAGAGUUGGAGGGUGAGGAGGACAGCAUGGCCUUACUCAACGAGAUCCUGGGCAGUUUGUCUGUGGACGAGGGCGACUUCUCUCGAGAGUGGACGGAAGUGUUUGGAGACACCGAGGACGGGACGAGCGCAGCGGCGUCCGGUCGACCGGCAGACGCACAGCAAAGGGAAAACUCCUUUUUUCUACCGUCUCAUCUGCUCGACCAAAGCUUGAACAACCUGCACUCUUCCCUCUCAGAUUGGGCCGACACCGCUCCGGCGCCCGUCGCCCAGACAACGGAGCCCUCAUCUGGUGCCAAUCAGAACGCUCCUAAGCCAGCCGUGAAAGGGAAAGUGGCGACGUCCAAAGACCUAUCGGCGUGGUUCAACCUGUUCGCCGACUUGGACCCGCUCUCCAAUCCCGAUGCUGUCGGCAAAACUGACUCAGCACAUGAACUUCACACGGCAUAGUUCGCCCCCCCCCGAGUGACGGUGAUCUCUUCUCAAACCGAAGCCUUCGUUAGUGGGAACAGCAGCGUAUUGCUUCCACUGAGUUCGGAGAAAUAUCUGUUAGAAGCCAAUUUAUUAAUCAGCAGCUAUGAUGUAAAUGAUUUCAGUCGUUUUUAAGGAAAAGUAGUUUCAGAAGAUUUGAUGCUCCUCAUCAUAUGUUUGGCUUUUGACCCGUUGCUAAAACAAAUGGGAACAACACAUACUUCCAGCUGCAAUUUUUUCCAUGGAUGCUGGAUUAACAACAUUUCAGAAGGUUUGAAAAACAUAUUUUGAAGCUUCCACUAAAGGAUUUAUUUGCCUUAGCGACGUUUCGAGUAAUCUCUACACAGCUUCUGAAUAAACAGAAUCUGUUGGCAAGGGACAGGCCGGAAGCUUUUGUUUUCUAUUUCUCGAACGAUGUUUGAGCAGGUUCAGUUUGCCCGCAGGUAAACUGUCUGUUUGGAGAGUAAGAGAGGCAGAACACGUCCAUCCUAAUGCACCGGCUAUCAUUUUUAAUUUACCUGCAUUUGUAUGCGGAUGGCGGUUAACAAGAGAUUAGCUGAACUGUUGUCUGCAGCUCAAACACCUACAAAAAGCAUCUCUGUAGAUUUCGUCUCUCAACUCGGUGAACGGAGGAUCGUCUCGGCCCUGCUGUCUAAACCACACGACACCGGAACCCCCCAAAAUAUUGUCGGUCGCCGCCACGUUUGUCUCACAGCAGCCGAUGGGCUCAAAAAUUGUGUUUCGGGCACAAGGCUCCUCCUCACGCUCUUGUAACCAGAACAUUUAGUAAAAACAAACAGGUGUUUUAAUAUCUUAAUUUAAAAUAUUGAGAAUAAUAAUACGAAUGACUCUAACAAGGUACAUUUUCAGAUUUUCUCAUAGUGGCAGAAACAUUCUGCAGUAUGAGUCCACACUAAUCACCACCAGCUCUCGUGUCCUUUCCGUUGUGAAAGAAAACAAACUUUUACAACACGACCUUAUGAAGCCUGUUUGCUAUUUACCUUGGUUAAGCACUAAACGUUGAGCAUGGAUACCUCAGAGAGAGUUUGGAACAAUAAGCCUUUGACGUUCGCUGCCUUGGAGAUCUUUAGUCUCUCGUAGCAUUCACGCUUUAUUUCUGAUUCUCGUUACUGCAGAUCGCAAACAGACAAGACUUCUUUGACUUAAUGAGAAACAACAGUCGGGGGGGGAGGGCCGUGGAAAAGCAAAGAUCACAGUGCAAUAGUUCAUGUUUGCAAAAUAGUUCAUGAUGCUGGGUGAAGGAAAGUUAAUGAAAUAUCCAAAAGUAUAUUUUUCUGCCAUUGAUGGAUUAAACUGUCACUGAAAUUAUACUUCUCGUCACAUGUGAGUGAACUGGAUGAAGCAAGAAGUUGUUGAAAAAAUGUUUCCUCUCUGAGAUUAAUGCUCUUUAAAUCUGCUUGCUGCAGUUGUGCUGUAGAUGUGAUCCAGCUUUUAAAUAUAUUCCAUGUGUCACCACAGAAUUCCACAUUUCAUAAAUAUACAUUUACUGUUGCAUGUUGCAUGAAUUGUUUUUGUUCACCAGUAUAAAUACACAUUCGAUCAUUUUGUACAUGUAUUUAUUUAACUCCUGCAGUUUUCAGUGUUUUGUUUUCUAAAGGUUUGUUAAUCAUGGAAAUACAAUCAAACAUACUGACUUUGACGACAAUGCUGCAUAGAUUGAUGUUUCAGUAAAUGCCUUAAUCUACUCACUACUCAACAGUAUUGAACCUCAUUAUAAUCAUUAUUGGAUUCCUUCUGCAGUAUAUUAUAACCGAGAGUGACUUUAUUUUAUUGUGAUUGACGUG